GACUGGGCAGUCAGGCCUGGACUGUAUUAUGUGCCAUGCUCUCCCCUCCAGCUGUGGUUCUGCACCCCUACAGCCUACCUGUCUACCCGCCGGCACCUCCAUGUUACUCCGGGCUGGUUCAGGGUAGUCCAGAUGCUGCUGUGCCACCCGCUGAGGCCAUGACCCAGACGUUUCCGGCUCAGUACCCUCCACCCCCACCGCAGGCCCGGCUGCCUCCGCAGUACCAUCUCCACCCCAGCGCCCCCUCAGAGUACCCGUCCCCGACAGCCCCGGAGCACAGCCUGCGCAUCUUCCCUGAGCAGGGGGCGGCUGCACCAGAGCCAUUACCGCUGCCCCCACCUCCUGCGCAAACAGAAGAGGUCCCUGCACCCGAGCUGUCAUCUGAGACUGAAGAAACAGAAAACAGUGAGAACAAGUCCCAGCCCAAACGCCUCCAUGUUUCCAACAUCCCCUUCCGCUUCCGAGACCCAGAUCUUCGACAGAUGUUUGGGCAAUUUGGGAAGAUCCUGGAUGUGGAGAUUAUCUUUAAUGAGCGUGGCUCAAAGUUCUCCUCUCUGCCUGUCCUUGUAGGAUGGAAGAUCAAUCCUGUUGUUGGUACUGUCUAUGCUCCUGACCUGUACACAGUGGCAAGCAUCCCUUACCCCAUGAUGGCUCCAGCUGCCCUGGCAUAUCGUGGGGCUCUGCGUGGACGUGGUCGAGCCACCAUUUAUAAUCCUAUCAGAGCAGCACCUACCCCUUCUCCAGUUCCAGCCUAUGGCAGCGUCCUCUAUCCAGAUGGCCUGUAUGGUUCUGACCUCUAUGGUUAUCCUGCAGCAUACAGAGUGGCCCAGAUGCCAGCAGCUGCUGCAGCAGCCGCAACAGCGGCAGCCGCCUAUAGCGACGGGUAUGGACGGGUCUACACUACGGCUGAGCCCUAUCACCAUACGAUGACCCCCACCUAUGGAGUUGGCGCCAUGACCAGCUUGUAUAGAGGAGGAUGUAACCGCUUCACUCCAUACUGAAGGACCAAGUGCUGGUGUUGAGCCACUAGGAGGCGCCUGCGAGCUGAUAGCAGAGAUGGUGGGACCGGCGCUGAGACUUGUUUGUGUGUGUGCGUGUGUCUAUGUGUGUGUGUUUGUAUGUGUGAGACGUUGAGUGCAAAAAGCAGGCAGGCGCUUGGUGCAGGUCACUCCGAACCAGCAGCACACUAAUACUGGGGACAGCUUUCAACUUUGUUUCUGGUCUUUCACUGCUGGACUCUAGGGCUGGACAGCAAAACAAACUCGCAUGCAGUACAGACCAAGAAAUAUGCAACCACAGCUAGGUUCUUGGCCUUGGAAUCAGCGAGGUGCACUGGAUUAAAGCUAUGGCUGUCCUCUGCGUUUGUUUGUGUGAACUCUGAAAGCUGUCGAAAUCCUUUUCUGAAUCACAUCCCGGAGCUCCUUCUGUUCUGCAGUGUAUGUACAGAAGUUACCAAACUUAUUAUUGCAUAUUCUUUAGUUCUGCAGAGUUUGGAGCAGUUACUUUUUGGGAUGACAUCUUUGAGAAUCUUCCAGGCAGCAUUGGAAUUCUGGGACUUGUAGUGUGAAAAGUAACUUUUCCAAGCUUUGCUUGUACCACAUUGUUAAAACAGUUUUCGAAUGAGCCCCAUGAUGCAGUGGUUAAACUGCAGUACUGCAGUCAAGCCUCUUGCUGAAUUCAGCCCCAACAGGUUCAGGUAACUGGCUCAAAGUUGACCCGGCCUUCCAUCCCUACAAGGUUGGUAAAAUGAGUACCCAGUGAGCUUGGGGGCACGUUGUUCCUUGCAUAUUUAUGUUGUAAACUGCUCAGAGAGCAUUCUAGCACUAUGGGGCGGUAUAUAAGUUGGAACAACAACACGUGUUCAAACCAUUAUGACAGAAGACAUAGGGGG